AUGCGCUUUCGACAGAACUCUGCGUUUGUGUGGUACCGUUUGUGUGCAAGGAGUAGAGUGCUGCCAUUCUUUUCCUUUGAAUUAAAUUAAUUUAGUCGUCAUAGGUUUAGAAUUUAUCAUAUUAUAGUUCUGUUAUUUAACCUGCAUACAUAGAGUCUGUGAAGAGAAAUCAAAGGUGACAAAAUGAGUGAGAUUGAACCAUCCAAAUUGAAGGUCGCGGAGCUUCGCGCGGAACUGCAAGCGCGUGGACUUGAUUCAAAGGGAGUGAAAGCUGUCCUUGUUGAUCGACUUGAGAAUGCUUUGCUUGCCGAAGCCGAGGAAGUAGGGAAUGAGAACGAACCUGCGGAAGCAGAAGAGGAUGACAAUUUUGACGAAGAUGUUGUAGAACUAGCACAAGAAGCACUACCAGAAGCAGAGCAAGGAUUUGGUGAUGAAUUUGGAUUUUCAGGGGAUCAGGAUGGAACCAGCCAAGAAGCAGACGAUCUCUUGCAAGCAGGUGAAGAGGGUGGAGAUGACCAACUCUUGGCAGACUUGGAAAUUCCUCCAGCUAUGGAGGAACCGGAAGCAGAAGUAGAGCCAGAACCGCAAGAAGAAGCUAUGGUGCAAGAGGAGGAUGCUAUGCCUCAAGUUACAGAAGGUGAACCAGAAGCAACGAAUGAACAGGAGCAGGUUGAACAGCCACCAGAAAGCAUGGAGCAAGAAGCCCAACCACAAACAGAAGAGAAGGAAGGUGAAAAUAAAGAGCAGUCUGGAGAUGGAGACAAGAAAGAAGAAGGUGACAAGGAUAAAGAAAGGAAGCGCGACUAUGAGAACAGGAACCGUGAUCGCCGAUUUGGAGGCAGAGAUAGAUCUCCCAGGAGAAGAACGCCCCCUCCUGUGGUUAUGGAAGAAGAUGAUGAUAUACCAGAUACACAGUGUGUGCUCAGCAAAUACCUGUCUGACUUGAAUCUAAAAAUUGGCAAAGAUGGCUACAAUGCUUGUCCCCUCAGCAUGGAAGGAUUCGCAUACAUGUGGGGUGGAGUCAAGGCUACACAUGGUGUGAAUAAAGGGAAAAUCGGAUAUGAAUGCAAGCUGGAGUCCCAAGCUGAUGUGCGCCAUCUACCUCCUGAAGAGACCAACAGACAUGUUGUCCGUGUAGGAUGGUCCAUUGAUGCAUCUUCUCUUCAGUUGGGAGAGGAAGACUUUUCUUAUGGGUAUGGAGGAACAGGAAAGGCAUCGGUCAAAUGCAAGUUUGAUAACUAUGGAGAGAAGUUUGGUGUGGGAGAUGUUAUCGGUGCAUAUGUGGACUUUGAAGGAGAGAAGCCGACAAUCUCAUACACCAAGAAUGGCAAUGACCUUGGUGUUGCCUUCACCAUUGAAGAAGACCUAGAAGGCAAAGCCUUGUUCCCUCAUGUCAUGGUCAAGAAUAUCUCAGUGGAGGUCAACUUUGGCCAGAAGGAGGAGCCUUAUUUUCCAUUGAAGGAAGGGUUCUCUUUCAUUGGUAAGCUACCUGCUGAGGACUCUGUACGUGGGCCUAAACCUCCUGCAACCAAGAAGGAUUGUGAGAAUGUUGCAGUACUUGUAGGUUUUCUUGGUGAAUGGAGCCCCUGUAUCAUACCAGCUAGUCAUAUCGUGGAAGGAACAACUAUCCAGCAUACAUUUGUUACUGUUGUGUGGGAAGGAUCUCUUCUUCGUGGGAAAGUGCUGUCUGUUCUACGAAGUGCAGAUGAUGUUGAGAUGCUGGUCCAGUAUCUACCAUGUCCUGUCUCACCAGAAUACAAGAACAAGCUGUUGAUGAUGGUUGGUCUGCCAGGCUCUGGUAAGACAACAUGGACCAUCCAGGCUUGCAAGGAUAUGACUGACAAGAAAUACUACAUCCUUGGCACCAAUCUCAUCAUGGAUAAGAUGAAGGUGAUGGGGCUCCGCCGUCAGCGUAACUAUGCCGGUCGUUGGGACAAGUUGAUGGACUUGGCUACCAAGUGUUUGAAUCGAUUCUUUGAAGUUGCAGCCCGAAAGCGCCGUAAUUACAUUCUUGACCAGACAAAUGUGUAUCCCUCCGCAAGAAGAAGAAAAAUGCGCCCUUUUGAGGGUUUCAGCACCAAAGCAAUCGUAUUAGUUCCCACUGAUGAAGAGUUUAAGAAGCGGGUGGAAAAACGCACUAAAGAAGAAGGCAAGGACGUCCCGGACCAUGCUGUGAAUGAGAUGAAAGCUAACUUUGAGCUCCCUGAGAAGGGUGUGCUCUUUGAUGAAGUGGAAUAUGUUGAGCUGAGUGAGGAGGAGUGCAAGCCCCUGGUAGAGCGCUACCGCAAAGAAGGCAAGGACGCUGGAGGACUCAAACCUCGCUUUGACCGUCGUGGUGGUCGAGACUUCAGAGGAGGCUAUGACCGUGGUGGAUACGGCCGUCAUGAUGACCGAAGAGGAGGCUAUGGCGGCGGUGGUGGCUAUCGCUCUGGUGGUUAUGAUCAUGGUGACCGUCGUGGAGGUUAUGGUGGAGGAGGUGGAUACCGAGGAGGCUAUCGUGAAGGAGGCUGGAACCGUGGUGGCGGUGGAUAUGGUGGUGGUCGCGGUGGCGGAUAUGGCGGUAGUGGUGGCUACGGCGGUGGACGUGGCGGAGGAGGAUACAACAGUGGUGGAUACGGCAGUGGUAGCAGCAGUUACAGUAAUCGUGGAAGCAGCAACUACGGUAGUGGCAGUAGUAACUACAACAGAAACUCCAGCUCUGGUGGGUAUGGAAACCAGAGCAGUGGCGGAAGCUAUGGCAAUCGUCAGAACCAGGGCUCAUACAACAAAUACGGAAACCAGUCCAACUACCAACAGAACAGGCAGUCAAAUUACAAUCAGCAGUCCAGCUACGGGAGUGGUAGUGGAUCAAGUAACUACAGCUCAAACCAAGGCUAUGGUUCUUCAUCAAACUACGGCAACACCUCGGGGUAUGGAAAUAACAGCAACACCAGUAGCUACAACCAGGGCAGUCAAAGCUCGUACAACCAGGGGUAUCAACAGAACCAACAGUCUCAGCAGCAGACGCAGCAACAGUAUGCUAACUAUCAACAGCAGUACCAACAAUACUACCAGCAGAACCCUCAGUAUGCCCAACAGUACGCCCAGUACUACAGCAACUAUGGCAACUAUGGAGGAUCUGGGUCAAGCCAGUAGGCCUGUACAGAUUCAAAGAGAAAGUUGAAGAACAAUGUUGAGAUCAUUUCCAAAAUACAAUACAUCUUGGCUCUUUGAUUAGUUCAGGCUUUCUUUGUGUAGUGACCUCAAGAAUUGUUGAAUUUUUGAAUUUUUAAAAUGCUUGCAUAUUUGUUGACCCUGUCAGUGGUAUUUAGUAAGAAUAUCUGUUCAUUCGACCCCUAACCAGCAAAAUAAUAACCUUUAGCUUUGAUUAUAUGGUGUAAAUACUGCUUGAAUGGUAAAAUAAUUAAAACGAACAUCCUAAUGUGGUAAGUUAAUACAGUUAGUAACAGAUUCUUAUCGUUAAUAUGUGGGAGUAUGUAAAUAGUAAUCAAAUGGAAAAGAUUGUAAUUUUGUUUGUAUUUUUGACCUGUUGUUUUAUAGAUGUUAGAUUUUGUAUUAGAUUACUAUUUGGAUUUCACAUAAAUCUUUUUAUAUGUCAGUGAAAUGUUCUGUCUUACGGAUUAUAUGUUUACUGAUGAUCAUGAAAUGAAUUUUAUGUUUUACAGUGAAGAGAUACAUUCCUGCUCAAGGACAUGUUUGUAAAUAUUGACAUUGCUUUGGAUACACCCUCAACCCAACAUUAGGUGCAUCUUGGGAUUUUGCAUUUUAAGAAAGAAACAACUUAUGUUGUAAUUGUUGAUCACCCCCCCCCCCCCCUGGAAACCUAAUUAAUUAAAAUCAUGAGUCUGAAAUCAUAUGAAAGCCUUAAACUGAUUUACCUGAUAAGUACUCUGUCAGAUCCAGUUUAUUUCACUUGAGUCAUCCAGUUAUCAAGAUAAUUUUAAAAUGAUGUAUGAUGUUUUUUUGUUUAAUUAAAUAUGGUAUUCAUACUUUGUUGGCCAUGCUUUUUAGAUAUUCAAGCGAGAAUUAAACCUUAACGUUGUACAAUAUCCCCUCUUCUGAAAAAAGGGUAAUUGAUAUAUUGAUGAUAGACACAACACAUGGAAUAAUUGGAUGGUAAAAAGCAAAUGAUUCUGUAAGAUCAAUAAGCGAUCCAAUUCAGUGAUAUGUAAAUAUAUAUAUUGUGUUCAUGCUGUCAAUACUACUUGACUCUUAAUUCUUGCCUUCACUGGAAGAAAAGCAUUGGACAAUUACUAAAAUGUGUUUCUUAAUUUUGUACAUAGUUUUAAUAUGCAAAGUGUAUGGUAAGGAUUGUUGUGUUAGAUGUAGACUUGUUGAUUAUCUCAAUCCAUCUACCAUGCUAUCUCAGGAGACACAAGACUCUUUCCUGAUUUAAUAAAUAAUUGAACUGUA